UCAUAAUUACCGACUCGUUGCUCGGAAGAGGUAGAGGAGGCGGCGAAGAAGAGAGAGUUGGUUGAGAAAGCGAGUGAGGGCGGAGUGGGAAAGUGGUAUUGUGUGAAGAUGUCAAAGUUCGCAUUAGGGUGCGAGCCAGUGGUGGGCUCGCUCACCCCUUCGAAGAAGCGCGAUUACAGAGUUACUAACAGGCUCCAAGAAGGCAAGCGUCCCCUCUACGCCGUCGUUUUCAACUUCAUCGACUCCCGCUACUUCAACGUCUUCGCCACCGUCGGCGGCAAUCGGGUGACUGUAUACCAAUGUCUCGAAGGAGGUGUUAUAGCUGUCUUGCAGUCUUAUGUCGAUGAAGAUAAGGAUGAGUCUUUCUACACUGUGAGCUGGGCAUGCAACGUUGAUGGAACUCCUUUUAUAGUGGCUGGAGGACUCAAUGGUAUAAUUCGUGUCAUUGAUGCUGGCAGUGAGAAAAUACACAAGAGUUUUGUUGGCCAUGGGGAUUCAAUAAAUGAAAUCAGGACCCAGCCACUGAAACCAUCACUUGUGGUGUCUGCAAGCAAAGAUGAAUCAGUUCGUCUAUGGAAUAUUCAUACUGGAAUAUGCAUUUUGAUAUUUGCUGGAGCUGGUGGUCAUCGCAAUGAAGUCUUGAGCGUAGACUUCCAUCCUUCAGACAUAUAUCGCAUUGCAAGCUGUGGAAUGGACAACACGGUAAAGAUCUGGUCAAUGAAAGAGUUCUGGACAUACGUAGAGAAAUCAUUCACAUGGACAGAUCUCCCUUCCAAGUUCCCCACAAAAUAUGUUCAGUUUCCUGUGUUCAUAGCUUCAGUUCAUUCAAACUAUGUUGAUUGUAAUAGGUGGCUUGGUGAUUUUAUCCUCUCAAAGAGUGUUGACAACGAAAUUGUUUUAUGGGAACCCAAAACGAAGGACCAGUCUCCCGGGGAGGGUUCAGUUGAUAUCCUUCAGAAAUACCCUGUUCCAGAGUGUGACAUAUGGUUCAUCAAGUUUUCCUGCGAUUUUCAUUAUAAUGCAGCUGCAAUAGGGAAUAGGGAAGGAAAGAUCUUUGUUUGGGAAUUGCAAUCGAGCCCCCCUGUUCUUAUUGCCAAGCUGUCACAUGCUCAAUCAAAGUCUCCAAUUAGACAAACAGCCAUGUCCUUCGAUGGAAGCACCAUUCUCAGCUGCUGUGAAGAUGGGACAAUCUGGCGCUGGGAUGCAGUGUCAACUUCUUGAGGCUGUCUGAGUGGGUUCAUUGUCAGGUUUAGAAGAUGCACUUUUUAGUGCGCGACGUAAGCUGGGUCCGGUUUGUUAUUUUAACAUUUAAUGGGCGUUUAGAGGAAGCCAGACCCCCAUUGAUUAGAGAAAACUCGGACCGGUGACCCUUUACAUUGGCCAAGUUGGUCAUUCUGUUGAAAACAAAUUGUUCCAUGCAAGUUAUAUGAAAACAUGAUGUUAUUGCU